UUCCUAAGCUAUCCAACAUCAUCGAUAUGAUGAUCGGAACACAUUUUGAUGCGCAUGUAAUGGAGGGCUACGAGUUUCUAAUGGAGAGCUACCAGGCAGGUGACAAGAUAUGUCUUUUCGGAUUCUCGAGUGGGGCCUACACGGCGCGUGCUCUAGCUGGCAUGCUCCACAAAAUAGGGCUUCUGCCACGAUGCAACCACCAACAAGUCCCGUUCGCAUAUAAGAUGUACAGUCAGGAUGACCGGGAAGGGUGGAGGCAAAGUCGGGCGUUCAAGAAGGCAUUUUCGAUUGACGUCAGUGUCGAGUUUGUCGGCGUUUGGGACACAGUUAAUUGUGUAGGCAUUGUACCACGUAGAUUGCCGUUUACCAGGGCGAAUAAUAAGAUUCGCUACUUCAGGCAUGCACUCUCACUUGACGAACACCGAGUGCGAUUUAUACCCAGUUUCUGUCAUCAACCAAUAGAAACGAACAAUGAUAAACAAGCAGUUCGCCAAGGCGAGACGCCGCACACCUGCGAGAAGAAAUCUUACGCUCUCCAUAUCACACAUCACGCAAAAAGUGGUGUGGACGUACAUCACCGAGGGUGCGAGGAGCUAGAAUAUCGUUUCCAGCAAUCGACGACUCCCACCGAUGCGCAGGAAGUGUGGUUUGCAGGUUGCCAUCGAGAUGUGGGAGGUGGAGCUGAGAAUAACGGUACCCGGCAUAGUCUAUCACGCAUAUCCUUGCGGUGGAUGAUUAGGGAAUGUUUUAAAGCCAGGACUGGCAUCCUCUUCCAGCGGUCAAUGUUCCAACAAAUUGGGAUGGAUCCUGAAACAUUGUAUCCUCAUGUGCUGGAACGCCCACCGGCCUUGACGAAUACGCCCACAGCUUCCCCUGUAUCGCGCAAAUUCGAAGGAGACUCGUCAAACCAGGACACCGAUUUCACAAGCGAAGAGCAAGAGGACCUCGCUGAUGCAUCAAGUCCCAUACAUGACAGGCUCAAGAUGAGGCCUAUCUGGUGGAUACUUGAGUGUCUUCCGCAAAAGCUGCGCUACCAGAGAGAUAAGGACAAUGCUUGGGUGACUAAGAUCAGUGUGAACAGGGGUAGGGGUCGCCGCGUUCCAAGACAAGACGCGGGCGUUCAGGUGCAUCGGACGGUCAAGAUACGAAUGGAAGCAGAGGGGUUUCCAGAGAAGUAUCAGCCUAAGGCGAAAGUCAAGGUCAAGCCUACCUGGGUCGACUAAGGCGCCUAGAUGGAGGGAACUGGAAGGUCUUUAUUUCGCCUGCUUCAACUGGAUGAUGAUACUAGGCUAGAGUAUCAUAUGUCGGUUGAUCAAGAGCGAAAUCGAAUGAAAUCCCGUUCUGCCUCAGUAAUGACGGGUUACAGUGGGUGGGUGGAGGUCCCGAAUAUGAGACGCUACAUAAGAGAGUGAAGGAAUCUGUAUCUUGCUCCAAGAGGUGG